GGCGGAGAAGCUGCUGGCUCUGACCUCGCUCUGGCUCCGGUGCGUGCGGCGGAGCGUGUGCGAGGCCCUGCGCGGCUGGCAGGGGCGGCGGCGGCUACUGCGCGCCGCCCUGAGGAGCGCCCCGGCGGCGGUGCGACUGCAGCUGAGGAGAGAGCCGGCUCCGGGCCUCCGCGUCCUCCUGUUCCCCCGACCCCCCGCCUCCUCGGGGGGGCGGCGGCGGCGAUGUUCUCGGUCCUCUCGUACGGGCGGCUGGUGGCCCGCGCCGUGCUCGGCGGCCUCUCGCAGACCGACCCCAGGGCCGGCGGCGGCGGCGGCGGCGACUACGGGCUGGUGACGGCGGGCUGCGGCUUCGGCAAGGACUUCCGUAAGGGCCUCCUCAAGAAGGGCGCGUGCUACGGGGACGACGCGUGCUUCGUGGCCCGGCACCGCUCCGCCGACGUGCUCGGGGUCGCAGAUGGUGUAGGAGGAUGGAGAGACUAUGGAGUUGACCCAUCUCAGUUCUCAGGGACUUUAAUGCGAACGUGUGAACGUUUGGUAAAAGAAGGAAGGUUUGUACCAAGUAAUCCCAUUGGAAUUCUCACCACAAGCUACUGUGAGCUGCUGCAAAAUAAAGUACCUUUGCUUGGUAGCAGCACUGCCUGCAUCGUGGUGCUGGAUAGAACUAGCCACCGCUUACACACAGCGAACCUGGGUGACUCAGGCUUUCUGGUUGUCAGGGGCGGUGAAGUUGUGCACCGAUCAGAUGAGCAGCAGCAUUACUUCAACACUCCGUUCCAGCUCUCAAUUGCUCCCCCAGAAGCCGAGGGAGUCGUGUUAAGUGACAGCCCGGAUGCUGCUGAUAGCACAUCUUUCGACGUCCAGUUAGGAGACAUUAUCCUGACGGCGACAGAUGGACUCUUUGACAAUAUGCCUGAUUAUAUGAUCCUUCAAGAGCUAAAAAAGUUAAAGAACUCAAAUUAUGAGAGUAUACAACAGACAGCAAGGAGCAUUGCUGAGCAAGCUCACGAGCUGGCCUAUGAUCCAAAUUAUAUGUCACCCUUCGCACAGUUUGCAUGUGACAACGGAUUGAAUGUGAGAGGUGGAAAGCCAGAUGACAUCACCGUCCUUCUUUCCAUAGUGGCCGAGUAUACAGACUGACUCACCGAGCUGUCGACUCCUGCCUUUCCUUUCUUUGUCCCAAUUUCCCUGCCAUGUGUGCUGAUCCUGCUGGCAGGACCACGUUUCUUUGCCACUGAUCUCAAUGGCCAGUGAUGUAAGCCUUUUGCCUGUCUUUUUGAGACCCAUUGAGAUCUUUGUUGAGAACCACUACUGUCAUUCACUAGCUCAUGUCUGCUGGCAACAGUUGAAGAGAAGCAAGAUUUGAAGAUCAGCCUUCAUUCUCGUGGAGGUUUUCAAAGGCUAUUACUUUUCAAAAGCAGUUGAAGUAUUGAGAAUGGGUAAUGUUGGUAAAGAGAAUUCAAAAUUACAGUGUGUUAAAGGGAUUUUAAGUCUGACAAGUCAUAAAUUAUGAUACGUCUGCUAGAAAACAUACAUUAUUCAUCAAAAGAAAUGUCACAUGUUUUCCACAGGCACCAUCUUGGUUAUGGUGAUCAGGUGUGGCUUUAUGUUUUCAUUAUAAAGUCCUAUUUUCCAGGAGCUCAUAAAUAUGCUCUGGGUUAUAAGAUCUUGAUCCCAGAAGCUUUUUUGUUACACAUUGGAAGAAAAAAGUAAUUAUUUUAGUUCUAUGGAUGCAAAUAUUUUGUGCUUUUAAAAGAUGCUUAAUUGUGUUCCCGUGAUUAAAGUUUUGGCAGUUUAUUAAUUAGUCCAAAUCACAGGCUGGUUACCUGAUAUCCGGGGGAAGGGGGUAUCUCCUUACCAAAAUUUUUUAAUGGAAAUGCUACUCAAGAUUGCAAAAGUCCUUAAAGCCUAGAAACUUAGUGCUAUGGCUGGAAUUCCCCCCGCUGUCUGCCAGGCGCCCUGGGUGGGCUCUCUGGGCCCAAGGCUGACAGGUUGAGAAUGGACAGCUGUAGCUGGGUUUUUGCUGGCUCACAGUCGUGCUGCCCAUGGAGCCCUCAGACCUUCCCCUAGGAGCCUUGCUUUUGCAGAGCAUGCACCGAAUCACUGCGUCCACCAGGCAAGAGCACGUGUGCAAUGGCAGCAGCACAGAGCCCACAGGGAAAACUCCUAGUGAUGAUCUGACUUUUGCAAUUGCCCCAAACAGAAAUGUAGGGGUUUCUGAAUCAAGCUUAAUGUUUACAGUUUCCGAAUAGCCAUUUUGCAGUGUAUAGUUUCCUUAUAAAAACUACCCUGAAUUUGGUUUCCCAUUACCUGCAGGCUCAAACUUAUUUUUAAGGUUUAUGUACAAGUUGACUGCUGUAAAGAUAUAUAUUUUUGAGUCAGUUUUUUCCUUCAUUAACUUGGUGGUAGAAAAAUAUAUAUACUUAGAAAUCCUUAAAUUAAAGCCAUGUUUUAUAUAUACGUCAGGUAACAUUGGUGUAUAGAUGAGAAUGCAAUUAAACCUGACGAGAAUCUACUUGAGGAGAACACAGAAAGUUUUUUCUCGAGAGGAGAUACUGACUCCCUGGUUUAUUGCAUUAAAACUUACGUUUGAGGUUACCUCAACUUGUUUUAAAAGAUUUUGUUUUGUGAAUUUGUACUGUAUAUUUGAGUAACUGUCAAGCUUUUGUUUUAUUUAAAAUUGUUUAACAUGUACCAUGUACAUGUCAUUACUAUAUUUCAAUGCAUCAUGCUUGUAACAGGCAUUUCAUUUAUAAUAAGAAUGAGUUAUUCAUUUGUAAGCCGUUCAAUAAUUUAUCUACUAUUCCUUAAUUGGCAUAAUGUUAGAUACCUAUUUUGAAUCACCUUUAAUUAAGUGUCAGAAUGCCUUAACUACCCUAACUUGACAAAACAGAAUUCUUUGGUAGAGAAGAUAGAGGGCGGGUGGGAUGUGGAGGGAGACUGUUUAAAUAAGGAGGAACUAUCAUGCUCUGCUAGAAUAUGGACACAUAUGUGGCAAGCGGGGUAUUUAUUUUGCACAAACUCUUUGCAGUCUCUGGGUAUUUUAAAAAGUAAAGAAAGUUGCAUCCUGAAGGGGUUGGUUAAAAGGAAUACAUUCAAACUAGGAUUGAUGACUUCAACUCUUUUGUUUGGGUUUGUAAUUACUUUUGGUCAGAAGUAUGUAGCCUUAUGAUCUGGAUAUAUUUUGCAUGAAUUUUCCAAUGCCUCCAUUUACUUCCUGGUAGGAGCAGUAACGGUCAGGUUAUUGGCUUUUCUCUGCUCUCAUUUUAACCCAUCAAACAAUCUUUGUAAAGCUAGAUUGGUGGUGUUUUAUACAACUCGUUUAAUCAACUUACUUUUUUUGAGAAAUGAUUGUUAGAAACUGUCAAUGUGGUUGUUCCAGUGACACUGAAAAUAAUGGGGCAAGAAUUCAUGGUGGAAUUGACUUUGGACCUGGCUUGUAGUUUAGUACAUAAAAUACCCUGUUUUCUUCUUUCCCCUGUCCUUUUUGUGUUAUGCACUGCAUUUUAUGACUGCUAGGGGUCAGGGCGAGUGCUGCUUAGCAAGUAACUCUCCUCCUCUCACUGGUCAGAGGCUAUGUGGGACCCAGAAUAGAAUUCUCCGAGUCUUACACCCAAGCUUCCAGGGGUGUGGCUGAGCUAUACCACUUGUUGGGUCUAAUUCUGAACCUGAUGUGUGUGUGUGUGAACUGUAUUUUAAAUCAAGCAGUGUAAACACACACACACACACACACACACACAUACACACACACACACAAUUUGCCUCAUGUAGUGGACUUUUAUAACAAAAGAAAAAAUUUGGAUUUCUAAUUUACAAAUGGCAAAUUAUUUAUCCCUCUCUGGAUGCACCAAAGACCAGUAAAGUUUAUAGCUUUUCCAUCUAUAUUUAUAAAGCAAUACUGUAUUAUAAAAAUCAAUAUUUUUAUCACAUGCUUGAAAUUUUUAUUUUGUUCUGUUUUAAAAUGUGCACUCAACAUAUCAGAACCUUGUUUCUUCCUAUGAACUUAAGCUGCCUGCGCACAAAAAACAAACUUUUUUUUUUUAACCAAAUGGAGAUGAAGUAGAUAAGAGUCCAUAGGCUCUUAAAAACUGGAAGAAGAAAUGAGGGGGGAAAAAACAAGUUGUCCCAAAUUAUUAUACUCACAUGGUUGAUGGGUACUAACUCCUAAAGAAAUCCAUUCCAGGUAUGCAUGUCUGGGGUUUGGGCUGUGUCUAGAGUAGAAAAAACGCGAUUUUGAGCUUUGCAGAUGGGAGUGUCCUCUCCUGUCAGCUGCGUUUGUUCUGGAUAGAGAGUAACCCGAAGAUGAAAACCACCUUCAGUACCACCAACCUACUACAUCAUGUAACAAGGCAGGAAUUGUGAGAAUUUACUGAGUCAGUUUUGAGUGUUCUGGAGAUGGUCAGUAAGAUUGGCGAGAACUGUGAAUGUUUGUACCUCUGGAUAAGUUCAUGGUUCCUUGUCACCUUAAUAUGAGCUAUCUUUGAUAGAAGCUACAAAAUUCAGUUGGAAACUGAAUCACAUUUUUAUAUUUAACAAAUUUUACAAUACCAGAAAAAAACAAAAUCUGCUUAUAAAACAAAAUACAAAGCAGAAAACAUUUGGAUUCUAUUUAUUUAUUAAAAGAAAAUUAAAUUAAAUUGAACUUCUCAACUAAAAAUGUCCACGUCAGAAUUUAACUGUUAGCAGGUAGUUUGUGGCAAAGAUGGCUAAAUAAUGAAGCAAAUUUGAAUAUGUGUAUACUAAUAAGCUGCUUUUUUUCUGUUGAGACUAUCAUUCUUUGUCUUACCCAAGAGGCAAUUACCUGAAUUGGAUGUCUGAAAUAUAACUUAUGCAGGAAUAGUUCUGUAAAUACAUUUAAAUAAACUGUAAAGAUAUUUAAUAAAUAUAGUAUUUAUACUAA